AUGGAAGAACAUCAAGAUGUAUUAGUACCUCCUACAGGGCCUCCGGAGGUUGCGGGUCAUCCACACAUAGCAUUUAUUGAGGCUGAAGACGAUGGUUACUAUUCUGCUUCUGAUGCAGGGUCGAACAUCAUCUCACUGGCCUCUACUGUCCGCGCCUUCACUUUCGAGAAUGACCGACGAUACCACAAAUUCAAGGAAGGCCGGUAUGUGUUCCCCAAUGACGAUGAAGAGCAGGCACGGGAGGAUAUGAAACACGUCUUGGUACUCGCUCUAUGCGGAGAUGCACUGCACAGCGCGCCUCUGGAGAAUCCCCAGAGCAUCCUGGAUAUCGGCACUGGCACCGGCAUCUGGGCUAUCGAUAUGGGUGACGAGUACCCGGCAGCGACCAUCACCGGCAUUGAUCUCAGCCCUAUCCAACCAUCAUACGUGCCGUCCAACGUUUUUUUUGUGAUUGAUGACGCUGAGGCGGAGUGGUUAUAUCCAGACAACUCAGUUGACUAUAUUCACAUACGGAACAUGGGCGCUGCUAUCAAGGACUGGACAAAACUUCUAGCUCAGGCAUACAGGGUUCUCAAGCCAGGCGGCUGGAUCGAGCUUCAGGAGAUGAAGUGGAACUUUAACUGUGAUGACGGCACGAUGCCUCCUGACUAUGCGUUGACAAGAAUGAUGGGUCUCGUCUGGGAAGGCCUUGCGAUGUUUGGGAUCGAAGCAGACAUUGCAGAUGCCAAUCCGCAACGCCUAAGAGAUGCUGGCUUCCUGAAUCAAGUCAAUGAAAUUCGGAAGGUUCCAGUCGGCGAAUGGCCCAGAAGACCAGAACUAAAAAUGAUUGGGAUAUACUGUCAAGCAGUUCUCUACGAUGGACUCCACGCAGUUACUAUUGGACCCCUUACUAGAGGCUUGGGAUGGAGUCCUGAAGCAGUGGAGCUUCUAUUGGUGGACGUGCGGAAGCAUCUGAUCGACAAAUCUAUUCACUCAUACGUGUUUUACCACAGUGUUGCCGGCCAAAAACCACAUGGUGUAUCUGUCUAG